AUGGAUCCAAACGAUUUCGGAGUUUCCACAAUUCCUCUACAUCAUAGCCCAUAUGGGCCUUUGAAACCAGAAAACCUUAUCGGCGCAAACAAAGGCAAAAUUGCUGUUGUGACCGGAGCUGCCAGAGGAAUUGGACGAGCCAUAUCAGUGGCCUUGGCCAACUCCGGAGCAAACCUCGCAAUCCUUGAUCUCAAUCUUGAACAACUACGUGAAACAAAAGCAGCAUGCGAAGCUUUUGGAGUCAAGGUCGAGCCAUACAAGUGCGACAUUACGAGCCCCGAAGGUGUCUCGAAUACAUUCGCAGCGAUCGAAACUGCGCUAGGGCCUGUGGAUAUCCUUGUCAACAAUGCCGGUAUUACUGGUAGUAGCCUUGCUGUUGAUGAAGCAUUCAAUGACUUCUGGAAGGUCAUGGAAGUCAAUGUGAAGGGGCCUGCUCUUUGCAUAUACCAGGUUCUACGCACUAUGUGUGAAAGAAAGACAGGGUGCAUUAUCAACAUGGCGUCUCGAUCCGCAACAAUUGAUAUGCCUACCGGGUUCGGCUAUAACUCGAGCAAGGCAGCGAUUGUGAGGAUGACUGGUACUCUUCAAGCCGAACUAGACUUGCAGGACCUGGGCGAACAAGUACAUUGUUACGCCCUUCAUCCGGGUGGAGUUUGGGGUGAGAUGUUUAAAGGUGCAACAACGCUUGAGCAACAACAAGAGAUGAGACAUCUGUUCAAGGAUUCCCCAGAGCUUUGUGCAAAUACUGUUGCGUAUCUUGCAGCAGGCAAGGCACUGGAGGUGAGAGGCCUAUAUUGGGAUUGUCGACAAGACCUUGAAAAGGUUUCCACCCUUGGGCGAAAGACUCUCCAGGCCCAUGGUCUGUAUUCCUUGAACAUGAAAUUCCUUCCAGGGUACGAAAAUGAGCCUUGA